GGCACAGGGGAUGCAGAGGAGAACAGGACAAUCCCUUACCCUCAAUGUUCACAUUUCUCCUGAUUUUGUGACCAAGGCAAUGACUUUGGAAGCAGAUUCUUGGAUACAAUUUAUUAGUAAUCAUUAAUUGUCUUUGUAACCCUGGAUGAGGCACUUAAUACCUCUGAGCCUCUUUCCUUAUCUGUAAAAUGAGGAUUAAUAAAAUCUACGUGGAGGAUUUGUUCUGACUUUUAAACAAAACGAAAUAUGCAUAUUGCCUGGCACAUAGUUGUAACUAAAUAUACACUCCUUCCCUCAUAAUCCUGUGGCCACACCUGAGGCUAGGGGACCUAAGCCUGAGUUUAAGAGCCAGCGAUUUCUUCUAACGUGCCAGGCCGGAGCACGGAGGUAUAGCGGGAACUCCUCUUCAGGAAGGGCAAAAGCGAGAAGGUAGGACAGAAGAGAGACAGGAGGGAGGCAGGGAGGCCGAACCGCACUACAUCUCCCGGGAUGCUCAGCAAGAGGGAGAGCCGAGCCCCGCCCCGGCCCGCCCAACCGGCACAGCAGGCGCUGCCCACCCCACGGAGCCCGGCGGCGCGCAGAGGCUACAAGUGCUGCGGCUUGUGAGCGGGGUACUUUCCCGAGGAGCCGCGCAGGGACAAGCGCGCGGUGCUCGAGCCUCGCUGGGUGGCCAAGGCAGGAGGAAACCUGCCUUCUCGUUUGAGGGAUCCUGUCACCGAAAUGUGUGAGUCCUUGGAUAAAUUUGGCUUGGUGACGGCAAUGCUUUCUUCAGAGACACUGCCACUUCCUCCAUGUUCCUUUUCUACCCUGGCCUAAAUUUCUCAGUGUUAAUCCCUGUGAUAAGACAGAGGAUUUGCCCUUCUCACACUUUCCCACCACUAGGUAGCCUCUCCUUUCUCUUACCUCUUUUAGGAGGAAUUGGGGCUGAAGUGUCAAGACCUGUGGCUACAAAGGAGAUGAGGGCCUCAGGAGCAAUACUGCUGGUGGUACGGCCUUAGCUCCUGUUGGGUUCUUAUCUAACUGUGUUGCUAUUGGCAGACUUUCUGGAAGCUGCUGGGGGAUGUCUGACUAGCUCCAAUGGAGCUCCACUAUCUUGCUAAGAAGAGCAGCCAGGCAGCCCUGUGUGAUGCUGUGGACUGGAGUUCAGGAGGGCUUCCCAGGGACCAGGCAGAUGCAGCAGCCACUAAAGCUGCUCUCUGCUGCCAGAGACAUUGUACGUCGACACCAAGAGCACCAGAGAGGGAAGGGUCUAAACUUAGCCCUUCUCCAGCAUCCCCUUCCCCCUCACUGCAAGACAGUGCUAUUCAGCUAGACUUCUUGCCACCAGGGCUUCUCAACUCAGGGAACAACCAAAUAACAGCAGAACAGAAAGUCUGUGACUGCUGUAGCCAGGAAUUAGAAACUUCUUUUACCUAUGUGGAUGAGAAUAUCAACCUGGAGCAAAGGAACCGGCGCUCCCCUUCAGCAAAAGGGAGUAAGCACCUGGGAGACCUUGGCUGGGGAAAUCCAAAUGAGUGGUCCCCCGAGGCUGCCAUAUCGCUGAUAUCCGAAGAUGAAGAUGAUGCAAGCUCGGAAGCCACCUCUUCAGGGAAGUCAGUAGACUAUGGUUUCAUAAGCGCCAUCUUGUUCUUGGUCACUGGCAUCUUGCUGGUGAUCAUCUCUUACGUUGUCCCACGGGAUGUGACUGUGGAUCCCAACACUGUGCCGGCCCGGGAGAUGGAACGUCUGGAGAAGGAGAGCGCGAGGCUGGGGGCUCACCUAGACCGCUGUGUGAUUGCCGGCCUCUGCCUUCUCACGCUUGGGGGGGUCGUUCUUUCCUGUUUGCUAAUGAUGUCCAUGUGGAAGGGGGAGCUAUAUCGGCGUGACAGGUUUGCCUCUUCCAAAGAGUCUGCGAAACUCUACGGUUCCUUCAACUUCAGGAUGAAAACCAGCACUAAUGAAAACACCCUGGAGCUGUCCUUGGUAGAGGAAGAUGCUCUCGCUGUACAGAGUUAAUUCUGGUUGUGAACUUCUUGAGAGUCUGCCUUGGCAUUUUAUAUGAACAGAACAAAGCAAAGCAAAACAAAACACAACACAUUUCUUAAAAGUAACAGUGCAGUUUAUUUGCCUGGCGAGGAAAGUCUAUUUCCCAAACAAACAGCCAGUGAGUGUUUUUGUUCUCUAUGUACUUUUAUGUAGAAGAAAAGCCAUGUAAGAUGCAUGAAGAAACCACAACCAGCUUCACCAGUCCUCAAGAGCUGAGAGUAAUUAAUCUGUAAUGGCCAUCAGCUUCUACUUCUAUAGCAAAAUACUUCUAACAAUCCAGUGUGCAAACGAUUUCUUUUACAUGAUAUGGGAUAUUAUUCUUUGGACACUAGGAGGUGUAGGAUCAAUUAGCAACCUAUUUUGUGAAAAAGAAUGUAAGCGCUAAUCACAUAAUAAGGCUUACAUUUAAUUCUCAAAGGUGCUUAUCCAUUUUCUUGCUAAAUUUAUUCUUCCUGUAAUUUGGCUAAACACUAAAAUAUGGGGUUUUGACUUUGAAUAUUUCAAAGCUUGAGGAUACUGAUUAUUUAAAAAUGCAAAAACACAUAUGUUAUAUUCAAAACUAUUCCAGUACACAGAAGUGGUAACUAAGUCAUAAGAAUAAACUUUCUAGUAAAAUAAAAUUAUAUAAAUCAAACAAUCUGAAUUUAACCCAGAAUGGUAGUGUCAGAUAUUAGGCAGUGUCACAUGCCCAUUUUCUAGAUGAAGUAAAAUUAAUUGCUGAUAUAAAUUUCAUUUUCUGUUUGUGAUUUAGCUAUCAUACUGGUUAUGCGCACUCUUGAAGUCUUUCCUGGUUCUCACACCAGAGAGGCAAGAAUAAGAUGUUUUUAUCCUAUUUCCAGAUAUCUAAGCAUCUAGGCAGGUUGACUCAUGAUUGGCUCAGGCACACUCCCAGGUGACAUUUUGUUGUUGUUUGGAGAAAACCUCCAAUACAAGUGCAGCUAGACUCUUGGGGACCAUGCCUAGAAACUGGUGUCAUUUACUCAGGCCAAGCAACAAGUCAUUGCGCCAGGAUCCAGCAGUCCUUAAGCUCACAGCCAAAAAUAUUAAAAUGAGAAGAGAGAGAGACAGACUAAACACACUGACUCAGUGGGAACUGCACUCCUCACCAGAAUCCACCUGCCCCUAACAAUGGUCUAGGCAUCAUUCUGAGCACCUAAUAUCCAGGCCCUGAGUACCUGUGAGAUCUUGCCUCAUGAAUUCAAACUUGCUUGAUUAGAAGCACCAUGAGCAAAACAGUAAAUACUUUGUAAAACACACACCUAGCAUCCAUGCUAACUCAGUGUCUUGGUACGGUUAUAGUUCAAGAAGGGGAUGGGGAAUGCAGCCUCAGAAAUAUCUUGCAUUUUAGAAUUCUUCUCUGAGGUGUUUCCAACUUCCCACUUCAAGAGUUGUUUUAGUUUCCAUUACUGUGUUACCAGGAUCAGUGGGGCCAUUCUUAAAGAGGACUGGAGCUGGGAAUUGGGGUGGGAGGGCAGGAAAGGGGAGGUGAGAAAGUGAUUUCUUUGUAGAUUCUAAAGCCUAAUUCUAAUGUCUGAAGUUUUUGUUGUUAUUGAAGACUGUGGAAUAUGUGGGUGACUUUGGCUGGCAGAGUGUGUGAGUCAGGAUAUUUAUGUGAGUGAGCUCUUGUGGGUGUCAGAUUGAUUUGAUGAGUUAGGUACACUAUGUGUUAGUAAGGGUUAAAGCGAAAUGCAAAAAGAGAAGAUCAGAGGAUAAUAAAAAUAGUGAGGACAGGUGUGUGAAAGAAUUAUUAGGUUAAAAUGGUAAAUUAUAUGGACAUCAGAGGAAGCUGGAUGUAGCUGGAUUACCUUAUCCUAUGUAACAGACUAUUGCUGAUUUGGAAAUAGUUGGUAUAAUAUAGACAUGAUUUCUGUUUUCUACUGCUUUUUGAAGAAACUUUUGUUUUACCGUGACUCUCAUGUGUUGAGGCCGGCUUAACAGCAGUAUAAAUUUCAUAUUCUGAGGUUUAUAUAUAAAUUUUCAGAUUCUAGCCUGCUUGAGGAUCUACUUUGCGUGACGUUGAGGCAAUAAGGGAAUAAUCUCCUUGGCUUCGUGAGUAGGUCUGAGCUGUGUGUUUUUUUAAAAUAUACUUUUAAAAAAUACAUGUUUAUUCAGAGAUGCUAAAUGGCAUCAGCUGAGUUUUGUUUUUAUUUAUUGAUGAAACAGGAUUAAUUAGUCAAAUUGCAGACAAACAAUUAAUGAGAAGCCUGAUUUUUCAGCUUCUGAAGUAAGACAAAUUUGAGAAUCAGGUGUUAGGACGUUUUUUCAGUUCUGUAAAACUGAUGCUAAAGGAGAAAAAGUCAAAGCUCUUCAUUUGGAAGCAAUUAAUGAAUGUUGUAGUGCUACCAAACUACAUAUAGUUCUGAUGUGAUCUAAAGGAUAUAUAUUCCUACAUAUAUAUUCAUAUAAAUAUAUGUAUAUAUCCCAAUUAGGAAAAAAUAUUCAGGGAAAAAAAGACUUAGAAUAUAUUUCUUCCUUUUCUUCCUUAAACUUUUAAAAUUGAAAUAUAGUAAGUAUAUGCUUACUUAUGUCAACAUUAUUUAAAUCUGCUCGUAUAUAGGGCAGAUAUAUAGGGCAUAUCUCUUUUAACUUCUCCUUUUAUGUGGGCAGACCAUUACUCCAAAAGGAACCAAUUCAGAACAUCAUCUGGGUGUCUCCUCUAGUGCUGUGUUGACAGGAUUUAGACAACUGCCUUAAUCAGUUAUGAUUUCCCCAGGUAUUCAGCUGUGUAGCUGUAGUUCAUCCUGUCAGUGCCUAAAUUCAAGAAAAAGAUUAACUGAAUUUAAAGUGAUGGUAACACAGGUAACAAAAAACCCUGAACUUUAGACACUGUUUUUUCCAAUCUGAUAAAGAGGGUCUGGGGCUCUAAAUAUAUUUAUUUAGAAGUACUUUGGCAACAUCAGGUGAUACUGUUAUAGUCACUGAACAGACCAUAGCUAUGGUGCUGGUCUUGGAGUCUUCCUGGAGAUUUGUGACUUUACGCCUAUCUCUUUAACAUGGUGCUGGUUGUUAUCUAUGAGAGCUUUUAUUGCUAGACCUGGAGAAGCAGAACUCUUUUUGCAGAGGUCCAUAGUUUAGGUCUUUAACUUUUUACCAGGUUUUAGAAAACUAAACUUAGAGUCACCUUCCUAAUCUUAAAAGAAGACAGCUCAUUGUUCAGCGUUGAGACCCAAAGCGGUGAGUACCACAAAGAAAGCUGCCUUUCUCUAUUACUACCGGGAUCUACAGGCUGCUAACGAACAGUUUAAUUGUCUUAAUGACUUUAAUAAAAACUGUUCCUUUUUAGUUCACCUUAAACUGUUUGUGGCAGAGCUGCCGUGAUUUCUUUGUAAUGUUGUGUGUCCUUUUUAGCCAUCUGGAGCUCCUAAAGCAGACCAUCUCAUAUGAUGUACUGGCUCCCUCAUAAGAAGAAUGUCUUUCCUCCAGGCUCCCCAUUUCAUAGCUGGUUUGUAGUUUAGAGGAUUACAGGACUGCUUGGAACCAUGAAAUCCUUGGUGGCUGUGGGUGUUUUUACCCACAAAAUUGCCAUGCCCCUUGAUGCUAUACUACCUAGCUACUUGCCUUGCUAUCAGUCUCACAUGCUUUACUGUCUGCUUAAAAUAUGAGUCCAUCCCUCUCAUACUUAAUUGUUUUAGGGACCCAACUGGACCAGUACUGGCACAUGUCCUUCGAGGUGCAAAUUUAGACAAAGAGACUGCCCUACCAAAUUCCUUUGUGCCUUCCCUUUGCUGCUGGGCAUAAGGAUAAAUGAGUGAGUGAGAAUUAUGUCAGUUGAAUAUCAGGAAUUAAAGGUGUGAAUCCAAGUGGCUCUACUUUUUGUUACUUCUUUGUGAGAGGCAAAAAUUCUGGGCAAGAAGAUUUGAACAUUUUAGGCUUCAUCUUUCACACGUGCAAUGACAGGCACAUGCAAAACCUGUAUUAUUCAUAUAAAGUUAAACAACAAAUGUUCUAUGUAUAUAUUAGGAGAAGGUUUUCCAAUCUGAAGGCCAGAUUCCGUUGCAGCAAUAACUGCUACCACAAAAAUGUGGUCUGACAAAAGAGAUUCACAACCUUCACCAAUGGUUCACCUGUUCAGCAAGAUUUAAUACCACCAACUAUAUUCCACUGUGACAAAGGAAUAAGACAGAUCCUUAUAGUUCUCUGUAAUGGGGUUUACCCUUUCCCAGAAUUGGGCAUAAAGAAUGACUACAAUAAAAAGAAUUACAAUGAAAUCUCACUGGCUUUUCUCAGUAUAAAAUGAUUUGUAAAGAGAAUUGACAUAUCGGCUUUCAGCUGAUUUUCAGCCAUAUCAUUUUAUGGUUCAUAGUAUUCUAUAAUAUUCUUUCCUUCCAACUUUCAUAUGGGCAUAAGCCUUGGGAAGUAAUUGGCCUGACUUGUGCACUAGCACUGUAAAAAGUAAGAUGUUAUUUUAAACAUAAAAAACUGAGUUCAAAAAUCCAUGGGUUACUUUUAAGAGUGCACCUAUCAUUUCUGUUUGCUAGUGUGCAAGUUUAUGUACACUCAAGUCUAUGUAUCUACUAGGAGAAUAUAAUUAUAGAACUGUAACAUUUAAAGCUAUCAUUAGAAUAAUUUUCUUAUAGGAAACUUGGCAUGCCUUAAUGUUGACUUUAAGGACAAGAGAAGUCUUUCACAGGUCGUGAAUGAAGAAUUUGCCAUCAACCUCAGAAUGAGAUGCCAUAAUUAUAUGGAUUGUUUUGGUUAUUCAGCUUCCUGCAGAUGCUUAAUUUACAUUUUUAACCUCCCAAUUUUAGGCUCAUAAAAGUGUGGCAUAUUUAGAAAUCAUUUUACCAUGAUUAUUAUUUUAUUUCAGGGAAAUAUGAGUAGCAGACAGUGUUUUCCUCUGCUUUAUUAAUUCUCCUGUGUUUCAGGAAGAGCCAGCCUUGUUUUCGCACUACCAUCUUCAUGCUUCCUAGCCAGGCUCCAAACAAAUGUCAUACAAGAAAGCAAAGAUAGGUUAUUCUAUAUAGUGUAUUGAGAGUUUUAGUUUUAUGGUUCUCAUCGUGCUUUAAAUUUUACUGUUCUUGCCAAACAAGAAAAAUAAUUUGAUGUUGAUUAUUUGUUUUUGAUAUUCUAAAAGGGCAGUUAUUAAGGUUCUUGGCUUUUUAUUAGGGCAUUUGAUGCCAUAUAUGUUAAUAGCAAGUGUGUCAUAUCAUUUUAAAAUAAAACUAUUUAUUAAGAUGUUU